AUGGACCUUGGCGCCACUGAUGGAGGGGCCCACGGCGGCUUCGAGUCGGGAGAGGAGGAGAAGAGGAAAUCGCGGGAGCUACCGCCAGACUUGCCUAAGUCCUUGGAUGAUCGAAGAAGACCCAAGGAACUAAUCCCAGAGGCUGAGAUGUACGAUGGAUGGCAAGGCCAGUCGCAAUUUCUCACCUCGCCGAUGCUUGCGAAGCCCUUGAGCUUUAGCGAACUCACCCUCGACGACCCUGACUAUGAUGCGGACCUCACUAAAGGCGUUCCGGACAGCGACACCAGACUCAUGGAGAUGCUCGCUGCCCAGGCAGCCCAUUCUGCCGCCGCCGGCCUAGAUGACGAAGACGCUAUUGCGUCUAGCGACAAACUAUCCGAGGAUGAGAAAAAAGAUAUGUUGCAGAAGGUCCUCAAUAUGGCAGCCAGCAACGGCAACGUGGAUCAGGUCAAGAAGAUCUUGGAGGGUGAUGCCAAGCAAUACGUGGAUGUCAACUCCCCAGACGAGGAUGGGACCCCACCCUUAAUUUAUGCCUCCUGCUUUGGACAUGAGAGCGUCGUGCAAGCCCUGAUUGAUGCAGGGGCGGACGUGGAUAAGCAGGAUCGAAAUAAUUGGAGUGCCCUAAUGUGGGCAAUGACAAACAGACACAAGGGCAUAGCAAAGCUACUCCUGGACAGUGGAGCGUCAGCCGAGGCCAAGACAUCAUCCGGUCGCACUGCCUUUGAUUUUGUCGCUCCAGAUAGCGAAAUGUCCUUCUAUCUACACGACAGCGGGUAUAACAUUGGCAAUGCUGGUGUCACCGACGAUUUCUAUAAUCCUGGGUUCGCCCAGGACAGGUUUGAAGAAGAAGCGGAGACUGAACUACGUCGCCGGAUGAUGAUGGAGAGUGCCCGCGAUCUCGAAGUCGACCUGGGCAAUGUGGGAAUGGACGAUCAGCCAGAGACGCUCGACGAGAUAGAAGAGGAAGAACAAGAAUUUGACUGGACGCGUUGCCUCCACGAUCAGAUGUUCGUCUUCCAGGAGACCGAGCUUGACCAACUUUUGGAUAUCGUCAUCACCAACAUGACACCCCAGAGAUCGCCGUCGCAGAAGCCCGUUCCUGCAAACAUGAUAUUCCUCAGUGCGAGAUAUGCGCACUACCAUGCCAGUCCCGAGCUUCUCGAGAAACUGCUCGUCACGGCAAUGGACAGGAUCAACGAUGUCGUGGAGGAACACCAAUGGGACAUGACAAUCUUGGCAUUUUGGAUCUCAAAUGCCACAUUACUAUUGCACUACUUGAAGAAGGAUACCGGGCUGGUGGAAGCCACGACAGAUUUUCAGGUGCAGCUUACGGAACUCAUCAACGAGAUUUUCAUCCUCAUCGUGAGAGACGCCGAAAGGCGGCUCGACAAGGUGCUCGAUGCGGCCAUGCUGGACCAUGAGACCAUCCCUGGCUUCGAGGACAUCACCUUUCAGAACGAAUGGAAGAUCUUCAAGCGCAAGAAGGAGGUUAAAGAAGAACCCCUGGAAAGACGGUAUCGGCCACCUUCUCCUAAACAACGAGCAAAGCCGGCACCGCGAAAUGUCACCUCACUGCUGUCCUCGACGCUCUUUGUCUUGGAUCUCUACGACAUUCACUCCGUCAUCACGGCACAGAUCGUAUCGCAGCUACUCUACUGGCUGGGUGCCGAGUUGUUCAACCGCAUUAUGUCGAACCGGAAAUAUCUCGCACGCACGAAAGCGAUGCAGAUACGAAUGAACAUUUCAACAUUAGAGGACUGGGCUAGGACCAAUAACCGGCAGCCGGAGCACUUUGAACAUGGUGAGAUGAAAUCGACGGGAGAAAACACCAUCGAUGCUGCUCGGAGACACCUCGCGCCCGUGAUACAGCUGCUCCAGUGGCUCCAGUGCUUCUCAUCCCUGGGCGCUGACGACUUGGAGGCGCUGGUAGGGACGUUGCAGCAGCUCAAAUCGCUCAGCGCGCAGCAGCUGAUCCAUGCUGCCAACCACUACCGGCCUGAAGUCGGGGAGAAAGGCUUGCCCAAGAGCGCGAUGAAGUAUCUUGUGGCAAUCCAGAAGGAGGCGGCACUCCGACGAGAAAGGCAGCGGAGCAAAGCUGCAUCACCCAAACCGAAAGGAGCACCGGACAGCGCCCCCUCGACGCCUGCGAAGAGCAAAUCAAAUGGCCGUGGGGACGAGACACCCUCGAGUAUGCUCGAGACGCCGAACGCAAAGACGGCCGACUCUGAAGAAGAAGAGGAAGCGCCCGAGCAUCUGCUGCUGGAUCCGGCCCUCAUGCUUCCAUUCUCUUUGCCUUCGGCGACUGACAUGCUAGUAUGUUACGGUGCAGGAUUCGGCGGUGUGAACAGGGAACGAGAAAGGAAGUAUAUUCCUACAGUGCCACCAGAGUUCCUGGCCAAGUUGGAAGUCAGCAACAACGCAGGCAAGAAGCCCAUGUUUGGAGAAAAGGACUGGGAGAAUGAGGAUGUUUAG